AUGUAAUGGUUGGUAAUAUUGACACUGCAUUCGAUUGUAGGAUAUUUCUAUUACACCAAAUUAUAUCAAUUUUUGAAUGACAUAGUAAUGUAAAUAAGCAUUCUAGGGAGUUGUAAUAGAAAUAGCAGAAAAUUUAAAUCAUGCAAUAAUAUUAGAGGAAGGGCAUUCUCUACCCUAAUCUCAAGGAAAUCAACUUUUUGAAUUCGUAGCACCCUCGAAUCAAGACUCGUAUUCCUAUUCGAGUUUAGACGAUAUAGAGAGAAGAUAAAUCAUCCUUACAGAACAAAUCAAAUCUGAAGUUUCAUUAAGAAACAGAACCAUUCGUUAUGUGCAAAUCUUCAAUGCCUUGACCAAUCAAAUACUCAUAAUUUGGGCAAUAUGUAUCUAAGCCAAAAUGGAACCCAUAGAUAAUUGCUACAGAAAUUUGGUCACUUUUUAGGUGAUAUUCGUCGUAUUAUCAGUGUAUCAAUAUUGGGAACUGUACAUGAUAUGCUUAAUAGUAUUGAUAUCAUUACCAUUCAUUCUGUUAAUGACAUUAUGGAAGAAAGUGAAGUAAUAAAAGUAGAGUUACGCAAAUCAGUAAAUUUUGAGAGAACUUAUAUUAAAUGCAAAAGUGAUUUAUCAUUGUGAAAAUGUAUAAGGUGAUCAAGAAUGCGGAAUUUGCUUACAAGUGUACAGUAGAAAUGAAGAAUUGUUGGUCCUGCCUUGCAACUAAUAACAUCAUUUUCAUCUGCAUUGUAUAAAGGCUUGGCUAAUGUUAAAUUUUAGUUGCCCAAAAUGCAGAUCAAAGAUUAGUGAUUAUAGAACCACUUAAUAAACAAGUAUUCUAUGA